CAACUUUACCAUUCUUUUCCUAAUUUCUACCCCCUAAUUUUAGCAUAUUCAGAUCUUAGCGAAAAUGAGAGAGUGCAUUUCAAUCCAUAUCGGUCAAGCUGGAAUCCAAGUCGGAAACUCUUGUUGGGAGCUCUAUUGUCUGGAACAUGGCCUUCAGCCGGAUGGGCAAAUGCCGAGCGAUAAAACUGUUGGAGGUGGAGACGAUGCCUUCAACACGUUUUUCAGCGAGACCGGUGCCGGAAAACACGUUCCCCGGGCGGUUUUUGUAGAUCUGGAACCAACUGUGAUCGAUGAGGUCCGAACUGGAACUUACCGACAACUUUUCCACCCGGAGCAACUCAUCAGUGGCAAAGAAGACGCUGCUAAUAACUUCGCCAGAGGUCACUACACAAUUGGUAAGGAGAUUGUGGACUUGUGUCUUGACCGGAUCAGGAAGCUUGCCGACAACUGCACUGGGCUACAAGGGUUCCUGGUUUUCCAUGCUGUGGGUGGUGGUACUGGAUCUGGGCUUGGAUCUCUUCUUCUCGAGAGAUUAUCUGUCGAUUACGGGAAGAAAUCAAAGCUCGGGUUCACUGUUUACCCUUCUCCUCAGGUCUCAACUUCUGUCGUUGAGCCUUACAACUCUGUCCUCUCCACCCACUCUCUUCUAGAACACACUGAUGUUUCAGUUCUACUCGAUAACGAAGCUAUUUACGAUAUCUGCCGUAAAUCCCUUGAUAUUGAGAGGCCCACCUACACCAAUCUCAACAGGCUUGUCUCUCAGGUUAUUUCAUCGUUAACAGCUUCUCUUCGUUUCGAUGGUGCCCUGAAUGUCGAUGUGACUGAAUUCCAAACCAAUUUGGUGCCCUACCCGCGUAUCCAUUUCAUGCUUUCGUCAUAUGCACCAGUGAUUUCUGCCGAGAAAGCCUACCAUGAACAACUCUCGGUAGCUGAAAUCACCAACAGCGCUUUUGAACCUGCAUCCAUGAUGGCGAAAUGCGAUCCCCGCCAUGGAAAGUACAUGGCCUGCUGUUUGAUGUACAGAGGUGAUGUGGUUCCAAAAGAUGUGAAUGCUGCAGUGGGAAUCAUCAAGACCAAGCGAACCAUCCAAUUUGUUGAUUGGUGCCCGACUGGAUUCAAAUGUGGAAUCAACUACCAGCCUCCCACAGUGGUUCCUGGUGGCGAUUUAGCCAAGGUUCAACGGGCUGUUUGUAUGAUCUCAAAUUCGACAAGUGUUGCUGAAGUGUUCUCGAGGAUCGAUCAUAAGUUUGAUUUAAUGUAUGCGAAAAGGGCGUUUGUGCAUUGGUAUGUGGGUGAAGGAAUGGAGGAAGGGGAGUUUUCAGAAGCCCGAGAGGAUCUUGCGGCUCUUGAGAAAGAUUACGAGGAGGUUGGGCUCGAGUCAGCUGAUGGGGAGGACGAUGAUGGUGACGAGUAUUAGUUUGUUCGAUUUGGUCCGAGUAUUAGUGUUUAAACCAAAAGGGCUCAUUGGUUUUGAUUUGGAAACAUUUGUGUUGUUCUCUUUUGUUUUGUGGUCCAAGAUUUGAAUAUGAAGUAAUGUUACUUUUUCCUACGAGUUGCUUUGUUUCAUAAAUAUGAGCAAUUUCUGUAAACAAAACGUUGGAUUAGAUUGAUUUUGAA